AAGGAAAAACCCGCUCGUGUUAUUCGCACCUUCUGCUUUUCUUUUUCUUUUUUUUUCACUUGAUGCAGACUGCUCUUUAUAAACAAACAAGAGUACCACCAGAGAACUGAAAGAAAAUGUCGGAAUAGAACAAAGCAGCUGAGGAGAGAGCAGCAUCAAAUAAAGGUGGUAGGAUUUUCUGCAAGUGAUAAGAUAGAGAUAAUCUUCUCUAAAUCCCAGAGAUUGUCAUGCUUGCUUUUUUGGCUGCACAAGGUUCAUCUGACACUUAUCCUUCUGAUUCAAGAAAUUAAAAAAGCUAUGGGGAAGGCAAGCAAAUGGCUCAGAAACCUCUUGAUCGGCAAGAGGAUUAAGGAGGAGAAAGAGAAGAGUGGUCAUGAACAAACUCUUACCAAGACAAAAUCUUUGCCUGCACCGGUGAUGGCCCCUAAAGAGAAACGGUGGAGCUUCCGAAGAGCAGUGACAACAGGGAAUAAUUCCAACUCUCAAGUCUGUGUUAAUCCAGGUCAGGAGGGGCUAUCAGAGUCUCAUGUGAAACAGCGGACCGAAGAUGUGGCUGAAGACAAAACCAAGAUUGCAGCAAGUGAUGCUGCUGUGGCUAUGACUCAAUCAGUAGCAGCCACAGUCCGCCUGAACUCCACAGCCAUAAGGGAUACAACCAGAGACAUUGAGGAAACAGCUGCGAUUAAGAUCCAGUCUAUCUUCCGGUCUCAUCUGGCAAGGAGAGCAUUGCGCGCACUGAAAGGUCUAGUAAAAUUGCAAGCAUUGGUGAGAGGACACUUGGUGAGGAAGCAAGCUAGAGCUACUCUCCGCUGUAUGCAGGCCAUGGUGACUGUUCAAGCAAGAGCUCGUGCUCAGCGGUUCCAAAUAUUUGAGGGAGCGCAGAGCAUACCACACAUUGCAACCGUCCCACAGAAGAUCAAAAACAUCCACUGUAUGCACCAUCAUAUGCAUAGUUCACAAAUAAAACAGGUGGAUCAUAGUGUUGAGGAGAAUGUUAAGAUUGUGGAGAUGGACACCAGUGAAUCCAGGAAUAUUCCAACUAGCAGAAAAAGCUACUCUAUCAAUCAUACUGAAGGAAUCGAUCCAAGGUUCUCCAAAUGUUAUCAUGGAAUUUAUGCAUCUAAGAAGACAGAGUACCAACAGAACUCUCAUUACCCACCAGAGUUAACUGAUAUAAACCCAGAAUCAGGCAGUUGGUACUUCGAGGAGUUCCCAUCCAACACACCACAAAGCAGCCCGCAAUGCCCAUCUGUUGUGUCAAUAUCUGAUGCAACACAAGCUUCUUUCGCCAUUUCUCGACAAGGAAGCACAUAUUCAAUGUCCCACGAGUAUCCAUAUUUUCCAAAUUACAUGGCCAAUACAGAAUCAUCAAAGGCUAAGGCUAGAUCACAAAGUGCACCGAAACAGAGAACUGUCUCAUUUGAAAGACAACCAAGCAGGCAGAGGCCGUCAGUGGAAGGCAGGCACAUCCCAAGAUGUGUCAAGAUGCAAAGAUCAGCUUCACAUAUCUGCUCAACAGCCAAAGGUUAUCAGCAUGGAACAUAUAUCAAGCUUGACCAAUCCAACAUGUCCCUCGCUAACAGUGAAUGUGGUUCAACAAGCACCAUAUUUACAACUGCCAGCCAUUGCAGACCAACAUAUGAGGCUUACAGGAGUAGACAUUAACUGUUGCCACAUCCAUCUUGGAAGCAAUGAUUCGAUAUCAAAACACAAGCUGUGGGCAAUCUUCUAUAAUUGAUUGCAGUGA